CACCAAGUUUAACCGUUCGUAAUUUGAUGAAAGAAGAUGGGGUGGGCUGCUUCAAGUUGAAAAUUGAUUGCCCAAAAUCAUAAGGCUCAUUAUAAAAUGUUUUCAUUCUACAUCUCGUAAUUUAACCACAAAAGCAGGCAUCAUUUUGGAAACUUCGUAAAUUAUUAAUUCCCAGUUCAGUCUAGGCGCAAGUCAUCGCCGGUAGUGGCUAAAACGCUCAUACAAAAUUAAUUGAGUAACCAUUUUCACGCAUUUCUCCUCUGUUUUUAUCACUGAAAUGGAAUCGAGAUCGAGGUUAUCGUCUAUGUUAUCAUGUUCGAUAUUUCUCGUUACACUCAGUGGACUCGCAACUUUCUCCGAUUCUACUCAACAAGCGUUCAAAAGAGACCCUGAUCACCCUCACUGGCACCAUAGCGCAUUCCUCGAAGUUCGCGACAGCGUCCGAUCCGAUGUUCGCCGCACGCUCCACACGCGUGCUGAGGUUCCAUUUCAGGUUCCGCUCGAGGUGAAUGUGGUGCUAAUUGGUCUCAAUGGAGAUGGUGGCUAUCGGUACAAUGUCGAUGCACAGAAAUUGGAGGAGUUUCUGAGAGUUAGCUUUCCCUCUCAUAGGCCUUCCUGUCUCGAGACCGAGGAGCCCCUUGAUAUCGAACAUCAUGUUGUUUAUAACACAUUUCCUGCAGGACAGCCAGAAUUGAUUGCGCUUGAGAAGGCACUGAAGGAGGCCAUGGUUCCUGCUGGUUCCGCAAGAGAGCCUGAUUUUGGGAGAGAGGUGCCCCUAUUUGAGGUGGAAGCAACAGCUGUGGAGCCAGUAUUCCAAAAGCUAUAUUCAUAUAUAUUUGACAUGGAAAGUGGGGGAUAUUCUGCUAAAGAGAUGGAUAGACCUGUGCCAACUGCUAUAUUUAUUGUUAACUUCGACAAGGUCAGAAUGGAUCCUAGGAAUAAGGAGGUUGAUCUUGAUAGUUUGAUGUAUAGCAAACUUACCCCACUGACUAAUGAAGAAAUGAAACAACAAGAGGGAGACUACAUAUAUCGAUAUCGAUACAAUGGAGGAGGAGCGUCUCAAGUUUGGCUUAGCUCUGGAAGGUUUGUUGUGAUCGACCUAUCGGCUGGCCCUUGUACUUACGGGAAGAUUGAAACUGAAGAAGGAAGUGUCAGUCCUAGAACAUUGCCACGAAUACGGAGUAUCUUAUUCCCAGGGGGUUUGGCUUCUGUCAGUAAUCGUGCUACUCAUGAUAAUUUCAUGGGACAUCUUGCUGCCUUGGUAGCAACCACAGUUGAGCAUGUUAUAGCUCCAGAUGUUCGGUUUGAAACUGUUGAUCUGACGACAAGGCUGCUUAUACCUAUUAUUAUCCUCCAAAACCAUAACCGGUAUAAUAUUAUGGUAAAAGGUCAUAAUUACAGCAUAGAUAUUGAAGCAAUUGAAGCAGAGGUGAAGAAGUUGGUUCAUGAUGACCAAGAAGUAGUGAUUAUAGGGGGGUCACAUGCACUGCACCAUCAUGAGAAGUUGGCUAUUGCUGUGUCAAAAGCUAUGCGGGGCCAUUCCUUGCAAGAAACAAAGAGGGAUGGGCGCUUCCAUGUUCAUACGAAGACAUAUCUUGAUGGUGCCAUUCUUAAAGAAGAGAUGGAACGUUCUGCAGAUGUGCUUGCUGCAGGUUUACUUGAAAUGGCUGAUCCAUCUCUUUCAAAUAAGUUUUUCCUUCGCCAGCAUUGGAUGGAUGAAUCCGAGAAUUCAACUGAUUCGGUUCUGAAGCAUAAACCUAUAUGGGCUAGUUACAACUCGAAAGUUGGCAAGGAUAAGAAAAAGAAAAAACAGAAGAAAAAAGGCGAUCUGCACCCAACUUAUGGAACCAGAGUUAUUCCUGUCUUUGUGCUAUCAUUGGCUGAUGUUGAUCCACAACUUAUGAUGGAAGAUGAAAGCUUUGUUUGGACUGGAAAUGAUGUUGUCAUAGUACUUGAGCACCAAAGUCCAAAUAUACCUCUGAGUUAUGUUUCUGAGACUGAGAGAAGGCAUGCUAUUCCAUCACAAGCACAGCGCCAUAUUAUAGCAGGGCUUGCUUCUGCUGUGGGUGGGUUGAGUGCACCAUAUGAAAAAGCUUCCCAUGUACAUGAAAGGCCUGUUGUGAAUUGGCUCUGGGCUGCGGGUUGUCACCCGUUUGGACCAUUCUCGAAUACAUCUCGAAUUAGUCAAAUGCUUCAGGAUGUUGCACUGAGAAAUACGAUUUAUGCACGUGUAGAUUCUGCUCUCAGAACCAUUCGUGAUACAUCUGAGGCUGUCCAAUCUUUUGCUGCUGAAUAUUUAAAGACACCACUUGGUGAACCUGUGAAGGGAAAGAAGAACAAGUCGACUACUGAACUAUGGCUGGAGAAGUUUUACAAGAAAACAACAAACCUGCCUGAACCGUUCCCACAUGAAUUAGUAGAGCGAUUAGAGAAAUACUUAGAUAACCUUGAGGAACAACUCGUUGAUCUUUCUUCUUUGUUAUAUGACCAUCGACUACAAGAUGCACAUUUGAAUAGUUCAGACAUCCUUCAAAGCACUAUGUUUACACAGCAGUACGUUGAGAAUGUUUUGACAAGCGAGAGGGAGAGAAUGAGAUGCUGUAAUAUCGAAUUCAAAUAUCCGAUGCAUUCUUCCCAAACUUUCGUCUAUGGAGGAAUUCUUCUUGCUGGGUUCUUUGUGUAUUUCAUUGUCAUUUUCUUUUCAUCACCCCCCGGUCAAUGAUCACAACUCCGAAGAUUAUCAGGCAUUUGAAGGUAAGCUUGGUCUCUCAUCUUUAGGGAACCCAUCUUAGUCUAUACACAUUUCAGAAAGAAGAAAGUUUUGUAAAAUUAGGGUUUCUUUGCUUGCCAUUGCCACAAUAUGGUAUAAACAAAUAGCUGAAUCUUUGCUAAAAACUUGUUUUUCUUUGAUAACCAUGAACCAAAAAAAAAAAACUUUUGAAUGAGUCAGUCAAAAUUUGAUCGUGUAUAUCUUAUUCCAUCCAUGGCGAUGUAGUUCUUGGAAGAAAAAAUAUAUAUUUUACGUUUCUUGAUACAUCCAUA